AUGUCUCUUUUGCUGAUCAUGGGGCUACCAGCUGCAGGAAAGACCACACUUUGCUCCAAGAUAACAGAACGUCUCCCCAAUGCUAUUGUAUUUUCAUUGGACGAUGUUAAUGGCCGAUGGUCGGACGAAUUUCGAGCACACACAGAUAGGAAAUCUUUUGAGCAGUGCGUCCGUUUCUUUUUGGAACAGAAUUGCGACGAGGAGUUUGACAGAACGGUAAUUGUGGAUGACAAUUUCUAUCUUCGCAGCAUGCGACGCCCAUUUGAAAGAAUGGCACGUGCCUUUGGUCUCCGUUAUUGCUGUGUGCUUGUGGACUGCGACGUUCAGGAUGCCCUACAUAGGAAUUCAAGUCGAGGCGAAAAUCGUGUUUCCGAUGAGACAAUCCUUAAAAUGGAUCGAGAAAUGGAGGUACCUGCGGAUGCUUUGCUGCACAGAUAUCAAGGUGUGGAGGAAAUACUUCAAAGGGUUAACGGUCUCCGUAUGAAACGAGUUCAAUCAUCAAAGAGAUCUCCGUCUGAAAGCUCUAGAUGGCCGAAUACUUGCUUCUGCCAAGAAAGCUGUUCUGAACAAGUACCGACAAUCUAA